AUGUCCUUUCUAUUUCCACCUCUUCCACGGUCACCCUCUUCUUCUCCUUAUUCUUCUUAUUUUCUUUCUUUCUUUCUUUCUUUCUUUCUUUCUUUCUUUCUUUCUUUCUUUCUUAUCUUAUUCACCCAUCUCUGUCUGUCUUUCUUUAUUUCUUUUCUUUCUUUAUUUCUUUUCUUUCUUUCUUUCUUUCUUUCUUUCUUUCUUUCUUUCUUUCUUAUCUUAUUCACCCACCUCUGUCUGUCUUUCUUUACUUCUUUUCUUUCUUUCUUUCUUUCUUUUCUUUUCUUUUCUUUUCUUUUUUUUUAUUCGUUACAUUUGACUUUCUUUUUUUUUUUCUUUCUUUCUUUUUCUUUCUUUCUUUCUUUCAUUUCUUUCUUAUCUUAUCUUAUCAAACGCGCCUCUGUUUUCUUUCUUUUUUCUUUCUUUCUUUCUUUCUUUCUUAUUUUCUUUCUUUCUUAUCUUAUUUUUAUUCGCCUCUGUCUGUUUUUUUAUUUCUUUUUUCUUUCUUUCUUGAUUUCUUUCUUUUUUUCUUUUUUCUUUUUUUUUCUUUUCUUUCUUUUCUUUUCAAUUUCCGAAGAAUUUUUCUUUUUUCUUUUUUUUUUUUUUUUUUUUCUUUCUAUUUUUUUUUCUUUCUUUCUUUCUUUUCUUAUCUUAUUUUUUAUUCAAACCUCUGUCUGUCUUUUUUUUUCUUUCUUUCUUAAAAAAAUUUUUUCUUUUCUUUCUUUUUUUUUCUUUUUUUUUUUUUUAUUCGCCCUCUUCUUUCUUUUUUUUUUUCUUUUUUUUUUUUUUCUUUCUUUCUUUUCUUUCUUUCAUUCAUUCUCGAUUCUUUUUUCUUUUCUUCCUUUUUCCUCUCUUUCUUUUCAAUUUCCUUCUUAUUUAUUUUUGAUCUUUUCUCUAACUUUGUGUCUUUUUUUUUCUUUCUCGUUCAGUCAUUUUCUUUGUUGCCUUUCUUUAUUUCUUUCUCAUUUAAUCUUUUUUCUCUUAUUAUUUCACUCACAUUUUGUAUUUCUUCUUUCCUGCCUGUUUUUCCUCAUUGUAAUGACUUUUUUUCCUCCUUUCUUUCUUUUUUCUUCCUUUCUUUCUUCUUACUUCUUUCUUCCUUUCUUUCUUUCUUUCUUAUUUAGUGUUUCUUUUUCUUUUGUCAUUCAUUUCCAUUUAGUGUCUUUUCUUUUCAUUACAUUCUUUCUUUCCCUUAUUUUUAUUCCAUUUCGUGUUUUUCAUUCACCGUUGACUGUUUUAUUUCUUUCUUUAAAUUAUUCUCAAUAUUCGCCUUUUUUUCUUUCCAUCUUUCUUUCUUUCUUUCUUUCUUUCUUUCUGAUAUAUUACUUCUUUUUCUUUUUAUUUUUAGUUUUCUUCUUCUCCUUCUUUUUCUUCUUCUUCUUCUUCUUCUUCUUCUUAUUAUUAUUAUUAUUAUUAUUAUUAUUAUUAUUAUUAUUACUAUUAUUUCCCAUCGUUUCCAUUCUUUCUUUCUUUCUUUCUUUCUUUUCUGUCACACCCAUUUGCUGUUAUCUUCUUUUGUCACUUCUUUGUCACUCUUUCUCUUUCUCCCUCCCCUCUUUGUUUCCUUCUUCUUCCUCUUCCACUUUCUCCUGUCUCUCUCUCUCUCCCACCCUCUCUCUUUUCACCUUCCACUGUCACUGCUUUUGUCUUCGCCGUGGACGGGAAGUCAGUAUUCCCAUGCAUUUUUUUCGUUAUAUCUCACCCUGUCUGGAAAAAAGUUUUGUUUUCUCUCUCAAUCAUAUUAAUCUAUCUAUCUAUCUAUCUAUCUAUCUUAUCUAUUCUAUAUCUAUCUAUUAUAAAUAA